UAAAUAAAUAAAUAAAUAAAAAAUUUUAAAAAUUUAAAUUAAAAUAAAUUAAAAAGCUCUCCUCAAAAUCAACCAAUCAAUCAUUUCUCUACUUUCAAUCCAAGGCGAGAGAGAGAGAGAGAUCGCCUUCUCAGGCUUUUGUGCCCUAAGAAUUCUCACUUUUCUCGCUGUAAAUAAGUGCAAAAGUCGGUGAACUUUUGGGGACGUGUUCUUACUGAGGUUCAGAGCCUUCAUUCGAGGAUUCUUGUUCUUCCUUAGCAUGGCAACCAAUGAAAAUCUUCCACCAAAUGUUAUAAAGCAACUGGCAAAGGAAUUGAAGGGUCUUGACGAAUCACCUCCGGAAGGAAUUAAAGUUGGUGUAAAUGAUGAUGAUUUUUCGAUCAUUUAUGCUGACAUUGAAGGGCCAGCUGGGACUCCAUAUGAAAAUGGUGUUUUCCGUAUGAAGUUGUUACUGUCUCAUGAUUUCCCUCAUUCUCCUCCGAAAGGCUACUUUCUGACCAAGAUUUUUCAUCCAAAUAUUGCACCCAAUGGGGAAAUCUGUGUAAACACACUAAAAAAGGAUUGGAAUCCAAGUCUUGGAUUACGACACGUACUCAUCAUAGUUAGGUGUUUAUUGAUUGAACCAUAUCCAGAAUCUGCACUAAAUGAACAGGCUGGCAAGAUGCUGCUUGAAAAUUAUGACGAGUAUGCCCGGCAUGCCAGGCUUUAUACUGGAAUCCAUGCGAAACCAAAACCGAAGUUGAAAUCAGGAGCUAUUUGUGAGUCAACUACAGCAUUGAACGUGGAGCAGCAUAAUACCUCGGUUCUGAAUAUCGAGCAGAAAAAUGCAGCAAGUGGUGCCGGGUUAUCAUUGCCAUCCCCACUCGCUCCGUCAUCGACAAAAGGAGGCAACAAUCCAGACCAUCAGCCGCAGCUGCAGCAGCAGCCUAUAGUUCCGGCAACUGAAACUGGAGUUAGUGGAACAGCCGUCGUAGGAAUCUCGGGAACUGCUCCUAAGAAGGAAGGUCUGUCGAAAAUCCCUGCAGACAAGAAGAAAAUGGAUGCUAGAAAGAAAAGUCUCAAGAGAUUGUAAAACCAUAGGUUUUUUUUAUAAGUAAUAAGAUAUAAUUAAAAGAACUUUGUAAGGGUUCGGAAAUUGGUUGUUUUCUGGUGUAAUGGAUGCUUCAUUCUGAGAAGGUGAUGAUCAAAUUUGCACGUUGUUUUCCGUCUCA